AUGAACCAUUCAAGUAUGAGCAUGGGCGAUAUGGGCGAUGGGAUGGGAUCGGCUUCCUGCAAGAUUUCAAUGCUGUGGAACUGGUAUACCAUCGAUGCUUGCUUCCUCUCCUCUUCGUGGCACGUGACCACCAAGGGGACUUUUGCAGUCUCCUGCAUUGGUGUAAUGCUCAUGGUGGUCUGUCUCGAAGCACUCCGACGGCUUUCGGUCGAACUUGACAAGUCGCUUUCGAGACAAUUGGUGCAACGAUAUCGCCUCCUUCAAGAUCCGAGAAAGGACAGCAGUGCGAACGAUGCGGCGACACUCGAAUCGAUCAGCUCGCCUCGCGAGAUCCUGCUUAGAAUCACGCCGCUUCAACAACUCGUUCGCGCCGUGCUGCAUGCCGUCACUUUUGGCCUGGCAUACCUCAUCAUGCUUCUCGCCAUGUACUUCAAUGGCUACAUUAUCAUUUCCAUCAUCCUUGGUGCGGGUAUCGGCAAAUUUUUCUGCGAUUGGAAGUCGGCCGCAUUUGCCAUCAACCUCGCUUCACCCGAUCAUCACUCGGUCACAGGCUUGGAUCAAUCUACACUGGCUCAGAGGAAGCUCGCUUCUCUACAAAAGGAAGAUGCCGAAGCCCAAGCUGGAUCCUCGCACACUGUCUGCUGCGAGUGA